GUGCGGUUGGUACACAGAGGUGGAUUUUAAUACCGGAGUUUGAUGUGAUCGCUGGGUCUUGCUAUGGUUAUUUUAGAGAAAUAAGCGUUUUAAAGAGAACAUGUCUGACACAUUGGCACGAGCGGGUUUUUUGGAUAUCAGUCCAACAUAUAAUCCGCCUCUUCGUACACACGGACACGGAAAGGAAAACGACAGACAGAUUCCUGUUCUGAGCUUGGUCCAUUUCUCCAGGUCUCCUUUCGUGAGUUUUGGGACGGUGAAGUUGGGAUCAUCCAGAUCUUUACCUCUGUGUGUGGAAAACCCAAAUGAGGAUGUAGUGACCGUGGCCGUGGAUAGCAUCCCGUCUUCACGGGGCUUCUCAGUGAAUCAGACCACCUUCACUAUAGGGCCUGAAGAUAGAGUGAUCAUCAACGUAACAUGGACACCAGCUGAAGAGGGUGGUGUGAGAGAACUCCUAAGAUUUAUUGCAAAUGGAAUUGUCAAGCAUCAAGCAGUUUUGCUUGGAAAAGCAGAGGGUGCAAAAACUAAAAAGAAAAGCUUAUGGGAUUCCAUCAAAUCCAAGAAAAUCCCUUCCCAAGGUGGAAAAGUGGCCUCGAUCCCUAUCACAGCAGCCAACAAGACGUUCCGUGUGUCUCGGCAGCCACAAUAUAAAAGGAACAGAGGCUCAAACCCACUAACACCAGUUAACCAGGAAAGAACUUCCCAAAGGAUCGUUAGCAGUAAGGAGAAAAACUGCCAGUCUGUGUAUCCUGAAAUCCCUCAAGCUCUACCGAAGGCUAUCUAUGAUGACUUGGACAGCAUGUCUUCUCAAAACAAGUCUCCAGUUGUUCUGCUAGUGCCAGCUGAUAGAUUUAUUGAUGCUAUGGAUAAGGAAAAUAUCUCAUCUGUACCUAUGCAUAAGGUUGAAUACAAAGAAAGAGUGCUGAAUAAGACACUGUCACCUAUUGGUACGCCAGAGAGGUUUUCCAAACCAUUGAUGCCCCACUUUCAAAGUCCUCUACCAGUCAUUUGUACUCCAAAUAAGGAUAAAAAAUUGAAUUCAACCAAACAAAGUUUGUCAGUUAAGGAUGCAUUGGCUGUCAUUAAUUCUGACCUGUCCUACCCAGUGAGCCCCCCAAAUGCCUGCUCUAGCCUGAAUCUAGCUGAUUCUUUGGAGUGUGAUGAUGUAAACGAGGAUAGUAAACCUGAAACAGCCAAAAAUGUUUUGGGAAACAUCUCCCCUCAGAUUGACAUUGUUCAGCCAAGGCUAACUUUUUUUGUCAAAUCUAACAAAGUGCAAGAUAACAAGCCAGAGCCUAAGAGUCUCAUGCACAGCCCUGCCACUUGUUCUAUCUCGGAUACCAAGGUUUACAAUGAGAUAAAUGGUGAUGAAUUGAACCAGGAAGAUAUUGAGCCCAAGAAGAUACAUUUUAACUCUGCUACAGUUAUCAAAAGCAAAGCAGGGGCUCCUCCUGAUCACAGUCCAAACACACGCAAAACAAGAACCUUCAGACGUAAACUUUUGCAGAAUGCACCUUUGAUUUCUGCCAGUCCAGAGUCAAGCACCGGCUUACAGAAGGGCGUCUCCGCUUUGCCUGUAAUAAACACUGAUGCAGGUGUUAACUUUCAGUUUAAUGUAACGGCACCCCAGGAUUCGGAACAAAAGCUUACGCCUCAACAUUUAGCUUUUCCAGAUCAGAUUCAGACCUGUACUCAAGCAGCUUUGAAACCAGUCUUAACACUUGAUGAUGAAGCUCAUGCAAAUGGUGCAGCCUCAUCUGACGAUCAUGCCUCAGAUUUGGGCAUAGUGCCAUCUUGUGUCUCGGAGGACAUGUUUCCUGUGCGUAGUCGCACAACAAAUCAGACCAGAAAAAGAAAAAGUGAUGAAUAUUUACAGAAUACCUCUGAGUGUUUGCCUAAAUUUUUGGAAACCAAACAAAGCUCUGAUGCUCUGACACAAGAACACAAAAAGUCCUGCUAUGAAAAACAGUUGGGUUCAAGUUGUAAACAAACACAAAGAAAAAUAACUGCAUCAAGUUCGCGGAGGUCCACAAACGUACCUGUACAAAAGCCCAAUUCAAAAUCAUCACAACAGGGAGGACGGUCUCUGAAGUCGUUCGGCUCCUCAAAGAAGAAAACAGCAAAGGUAAUAGCGGUGGCACAAACUCGACUGAACUUCAUAAAGCCAACGCAGACAGAGAUACCCAGACAUCCACUACCAUUUGCUGCCAAGAACAUGUUUUACGAUGAACGGUGGAUUGAGAAGCAGGAACGAGGAUUCACAUGGUGGAUGAAUUAUGUGCUCACUCCUGAUGACUUCAAAGUGGCCACUGAAGUCACCAAAGUGAAUGCCUUAUCGCUAACUAUGGGAAAUGACAAGGUCAACAUACCCAAAGCUCCAACCAAAGAGGAGAUGUCGUUCAGAACCUAUACAGCCCGACGGCACUUGAACCGUGUUCGACGUGCAGCAUGCCAGCUGUUCACGUCUGACCAAAUGGCGAAGGCUAUAAAGCGCCUGGAGGUGGAGGUGGAGGCAAAGAGGUUGCUUAUCCGAAAGGACCGACACCUCUGGAAGGAUAUAGGAGAGAGACAAAAAGUUUUGAACUGGCUCCUUUCUUAUAAUCCGCUCUGGCUACGAAUCGGCCUAGAGACAAUCUUUGGAGAACUGAUUUCCUUGGAGAGCAACAGUGACAUCAUGGGCCUGGCCAUGUUCAUCCUCGGGCGACUGCUCUGGAAUCCAGACAUUGCUGCGGAAUUCAGACACCCCAAAGUUCCCCAUCUGUACAAAGAUGGCCAUGAAGAGACACUGUCCCGGUUUACUUUGAAGAAACUGCUCUUACUCGUCUGCUUCCUGGACAAAGCCAAGGAAUCUAGGCUGAUUGACCAUGACCCUUGUUUGUUUUGUAUGGAUGCUGAAUUUAAGGCAAGCAAAGAUUUACUGCUAGCAUUUUCACGUGACUUCCUCAGCGGAGAGGGAAUCCUUCCACGUCACCUUGGCCUUUUGGGUCUUCCUGUGUCCCAUGCCCAAACCCCACUGGAUGAAUUUAACUUUGCUGUGCAGAAUCUUGCCACUGAUGUAAAAUGUGGCAUUCGCUUGGUACGCAUCAUGGAGGUGCUCACCCAAGACUGGUCCCUGUCGAGUAAGCUGCGAAUGCCGGCGAUUAGUCGCCUUCAGAAGGUGCAUAACGUCGGCGUUGCACUCCAGGUGUUAAAAGAGAAAGGAGUCGACUUGAAAGAUGAGCACGGAGUUGUCAUUGAUCCCAGAGACAUAGUAGAUGGCCACCGGGAAAAGACCCUUAACCUCCUGUGGAAAAUAAUCUUUUCCUUUCAGGUUGAGAUUCUGCUCGAUGUGGAGCAGCUUGAAGAUGAGAUCGGCUUCCUUAAGAAAACGUGGAGAACAAAACAGAGACUGCGUUCUUUAAGAGACAAUAAAUAUGUUUUAAAGUGCUUAGGAAAAAAAACGGCAUUUGAACAUCCCAGCCAGAAACUGACCUUGUUGUUGGAUUGGGUCAACGCAGUUUGUGCUUUCUACGGAUUGAAGGCUGAAAAUUUUACAGUGUCAUUCUCUGAUGGUAGAAUCCUUUGCUAUCUCAUUCAUCACUACCAUUCGAAUCACCUGCGCGUUGAGGACAUUCAGCAGGAAACUACGCAAACUAUUGAGUGUGGCCUUCAUUCCAAAGUCGAGCUGAACAACUCCUCAAGUGACUCUGAGUAUUCAUUCGACUCUCUGGAGCAGAAAGGUUCGGUGUCGCCAACAGUGAAUUUCAAAAUGCUUCUUGAGAACGAGCGACGGAAUUUUCAGCUCGUGAGCUCAGCUAUGUCUUAUCUUGGCGGCGUUCCUGCCAUGAUCGCUCCAGAGGACAUGUCUAACACAAUCCCUAAUGAAAAGGUGGUCACAUGUUACCUGUCCUUCCUCUGCACCCGACUUCUGGAUCUCCGGAAUGAGACUAGAGCUGCCAGAAUUAUCCAGAGUGCAUGGAGGAGGUACAAGCUGCAGAAAGACAUGCGUAUUAAUCAGCUGAGGAACCAAGCUGCAAUAAAAAUCCAGGCCCUUGUCCGUUGCUUCAUACUGAAAAAAAGGCUGAACAGACAAAACAUGGCUGCCACCUCAAUUCAGGCCGCUUGGAGAGGUCACUUAGCCCGAGAAGAGUUGAGAAGAAUAAGAGAAGCAAAACUCUUUGCUAUGCAGGAAUUGGCUGCAGUCGUAAUACAGAAAAAAUACAGGGAAUGGAGGAGACAAAUUUUCCUGAAAAAGAAUCACUCUGCAGUUGUCAUCCAAAACGCUUUCCGAAUAUGGCAUGCAAGGAAAAUGACUCUGAGGAAUUCUGCUGCUAUUAAGAUUCAAGCAUGGUACAGGAUGCAACACUGUCGUCAACAGUACCUGACCAAAAAAUCGAAAGCGGUCUUUAUUCAAGCAUGGUUCAGGGGUAAUUUCCAGAGGCACAAGUUUCAAGCUCUGAAAAAACAUCAUCAAUCUGCCAUCGUUAUCCAAAGCGCUUUCAAGGCAUUCCUUGUGCGAAAACGCAUAGGUAAGAUGAGGCGAGCUGCGGUUUUUAUCCAGAGAUGGUAUAAGGCCUGCUUAUUAAGGAGGAUGGAGCAGAAGCAUUUUGAAGAGAUUAAGGCUGCAGCUGUAAGGCUUCAAGCAGCAUUCAGAGGAUGGAAUGCUCGACGAGAAAUAUUAACAAGACACCAGGCUGCUCUUGUGAUCCAGACUGCUUACAGAAGAUUUGUCGCUCAAAGAUCUUUCUUGUCUUUGAAAAAAUCUGUGGUUACAGUCCAAAGGAGGUACAGGGCGAAAAAAGCUGGAGAGCAGUCAAGAAGUAAAUACCUGUCUCUAAAGUGUGCAGCAAUAACAAUUCAGGCAUCAUGGAGAGGCAAAGCAGAGAGAAAGAGAAUCAACCAGCUUCAUCAAUAUGCCACACUGAUCCAGUCACAUUAUCGGAGACAUGUGGUACAGACAAAGUUUACGGCAUUAAAACGUGCUGCUUCAGUCAUUCAGAAACAAUACAAGUGUUAUAGGAUGACGCAAGCAAUGCGAUCUGAAUUUCUCGUAGUCAAAAAAGCUGCAGUAGUUCUUCAGAGUGCAUAUCGUGGUAUGAGAGUCAGGCAAGACAUGGCCAAAAAAAGCAAAGCCGCAACAGUAAUUCAGUCAGCUGUAAGAGCUUUUAUUGGUCGGAAGAGCUUUCUAGCUCAAAGAAGGGCUGCCAUUGUUCUUCAGCAACACUAUCGGGCAUAUGUUCUUGGACAACAUAAGAGGCAAUGUUACAUUCAACUUAAAAAGUCAACUAUAAUACUCCAGGCCAUCUGUCGAGGCUGCAAGGUGAGAAGAGAACUACAAAAAAGGCAUCAUGCUGCUACAGUUAUUCAGGCAUGCUUUAGAAUGUAUAAGGCUAAAAUAUGCUACGUUGCUGUCAGAUGUGCUGCCAUCAUCGUACAGCGCCGGUAUAGAGCAUAUGUCAUGGGAAGGAAGGCUUUUAAAUCCUAUUUACAAAUUAAAACUGCAGUCGUGACCAUACAAUCAGCAUUCAGGGGAAUGCAAGUUCGCAGAAAUCUUCACAUCAUGCACCAAGCGGCAACAGUAAUUCAGGCACGUGUUCGUGGACACCUGCAGCUGUUGAAGUAUACGAGACAUAAAUGGGCAGCGUCCAUCCUCCAGAGGCAGUUUCGUGCCAACAAGCUAAGAAACAUGGUUAAAAAGCAGUAUAUCGCGAUGAAAGAAGCAGCACUGUGUAUUCAGUCAGCAUAUCGUGGCAUGAAGGUGAGAAAAUGGGUUUCUGAGAUGCAAGCGGCUGCUAAUAUAAUUCAGAGGAACUAUAGAAUGCACAAGCAAUGGCAAGAAUAUCAGGCCCUCAAACAGGCAACGAUCCUCGUGCAAAGGAGAUACAGAGUCAAUCUUUUGGCAAAAAGGCAGCGUGCGAGGUACUGUGCUAUGCAGAAAGCAGCCAUCACAUUGCAGGCUGCAUACAGAGGAAUAAAUGUGAGAAGAGAGAUCCAAAAGAGACACAAAGCAGCGACGGUGAUACAGGCAUUGUACAAAAUGUACAGAGUAAGGAUGGCCUUCCAAGCCAUGAGAAUUGCUGCCAUUCUCAUCCAGAGGCAGUACCUGGCUUACAAAGAAAGAAAACGUUUCUUGUCUGUCAGAGCAGCGGUGAUGAUUUGCCAACAAAAAUAUCGUGCCAUUUUGGCUUCAAGACGACAGCGGAAGGAAUACCUCGAGAAGCGUAAUGCUGUGCUUGCAAUUCAGGCAGGUUACAGAGGAAUGAAGGUCCGGCAGCAGAUACAAGUAAAACGUAAAGCCGCAAUAACCAUUCAGUCCCAUGUCAGGAAGCAUAUAAACCAUAAGUACUACCAGAGGCUGCUCUGGGCAUCAAGAACUGUUCAGAGACGACACCGAGCCAAUAAAAUGAGAAAAGAAGCCAUCGAGACCUUGAAGAAGAAUAGGGCUGCAAUGGUUUUACAGGCAGCAUUCCGUGGUAUGAAGGCAAGACGAGCUGUAACACAAAAACGCCAAGCUUGUAUCACCAUACAGAGUGCUUACAGGGCACAUUGUGCUCGGACACGUUAUUUAUGUAUGAAAUAUGCUGCUAUAGCUAUCCAGCAAAGAUUCCGAUCCACACUUGUAGCCCGAAAUCAGAGGGAGCAGUUCCUGAGAUUGCGUUGUGUUGCAGUUACCAUUCAAUCCAGCUUUAGGGGUUGUAGAGUCCGGAGGGAAAUGAUACUUCGACAUCAAGCAGCUACAGUUAUUCAGGCUGCUUUCAGAAAACAUAAAGUGGAAACCAAAUAUCAGGCCAUGAGGUUGUCUACUAUUAUCAUUCAGAGACAUUACAGGUCCUACAUCGAAACUAAAGCAGUACGGGAAAAAUAUUUAACACUGAGAAAGAGUGUCAUGUGUCUUCAAGCAGCUUAUAGAGGACACACUGUUCGACAGAGCCUGAGAAAAAUGCACAAUGCAGCCACAGUCAUUCAGGCAACAGUAAAAAUGCACAAGCAAAGACUGAUGUUCAGAAGGCAGCAGUGGGCUGCAAAAGUUCUCCAAGAAAGAUUCAGAGCUUGGAAGUUUGGGUAUCAGCAAAGACGGAGAUACCAAAACUUAAAGCAUGCCACAUUGUGCUUGCAGAAAUCAUUCAGAGGCAAAAAAGGAAGAGAAUUGUUCAAACGGAACAAAGCUGCAAGGACGAUCCAGUCCUACAUGAAAAUGUCUAUCCAAAGGCAACACUUCACAAAGACAAAAGCUGCAGCAGUUACUAUUCAGUCUGCCUACAGGGCACAUUAUCGCAGAGUGCAACAAUCCAGGAUGCAAAAGGCUGCAGUGUUAAUACAGCAGUGGUACAGGUCAUGCAGACUGGUCAAGGAAGAGCAAAAGAAGUUCAGAAGAAUUCAAAAAGCCACACUGACUUUGCAGCAUGCAUUGCGGCGAAUGCUCACAAGAAGGCGUGAGAAAAGAAGACUAGCAGCUGUCAAGAUCCAGUCUGUAUUGCGUAUGCAUCUACAACGCAGUCGCUACAUGAAGUUGCGCUCGUGUGCUGUGAAGCUGCAAGCUAAUUACAGAAUGCGUACAGCGCGGAGAACUUAUCUAAGACAUCAGGCUGCUGCUGUUACACUACAGACAUUCUACAGGGCACACAGAGCAAAAGUAGAACAGAGGCGCCGGUAUCUCAGGACAUUGGGCUGUAUUAGGACCCUUCAAGCACGAGUGCGUGGGUUUAUUGCGUAUAGAAGAUUCCAAAAAAUGAGAGCAAGUGCAAUCAAAAUUCAGGCAUGUUAUCGUGGAAUGGUCGAGAGGCGCACAUUUCAGCAACAAAAGAAGUCUGCAUGUAUUAUACAGACGCAUUACAGAGCUUAUCAACUCUGCCAAAGGGAGCGGGCACGAUUCCUCAAACUUCAGAGGUCUGCACUUCUAAUUCAGACGAAAUUCCGUGCAUACCAAGCAAGAAAACUUGCCAUGCAGAGACGAGCCGCACUAAAAAUUCAAGCUUGGUUUAGGGGAUGCCAGGCUAGACGUGCCUACGUCUCAAAACAAACUGCCAUUGCAACCAUCCAUAGAUGUCUUCAAACAAGAUUUCAAAGGUUAAGGUUUCGAGCAAUCCAGCACAGUGUCCAUGUAAUUCAGCAAAGAUGGAGGGAAACACUGAUUGCUAGGAAACAGCGAGCUGAAUUCCUGUCAAUCAGGAAGUCAGUUGUUGCCGUGCAAGCCCAGUGGAGAGCUGUUCGAGUAAGAAGAUCAAUUCAGAAGGCAAAAGAAUCUGCAAGACGGCAUCGUUUCACUGCUGCUGUUUAUCAUCAUUUGUGUGCAGUAAGGAUACAGAGGGCGCUGCGAGCUCACUGGGCACUAAAAGCAGCCAAGAUGCAGAUUUCUUCAGUCAUUUAUAUCCAGCGCUGGUUCUUGGCCAGGCUACAGAGAAGGCGAUAUCUUGAGCAAAGACAGAAAAUCAUCAUGGUACAGAGAGCAGUGAAGGCUUGGCUUAAUCGUCGCAAUGAAGCCGCUACUAUUGUCCAACACGCUGGCAAAAAAUUUCUUUUAAGACGCAGGAAAGAGAGACUGCAACAUGGGAUUAUAAAGUUCCAGGCACUCUGGAGAGGUCAUCGCUCGAGGAAGCUUCAUGACACGGCCAAAGUCAUUUCUGUCAGGCAUCGCUUGCGGAAGGUCAACAGAGAGGCCAAGGAAGAAGACAAGCUCUGUCACAAGACUACAACUGCCUUGAGUUACCUUCUCGGAUAUCAAAAUUAUGCCUAUAUUUUAACCGCUUUGCAGUAUUUGGAAACUGCAACCCGACUUUCACCGGAGAGCUGCGAAUAUCUUGUGAACAGUGGCGCAACACACACCAUCUUCACCUUGAUAAGGAGCUGCAACCGGAGUGUGCCUUCAAUGGAGAUCAUCACGCUAGCAAUUCAAGUUCUUCUCAAUCUGUCAAAAUACAACAAGACUAUAGAUGCUGUUUAUGACGCGGAGGACUCUGUGGAGACGCUCUUGGCUCUGCUUCAGACGUACAGAGAAAAAGCUGGGGAUAAGGUUGCAGACAAAGGGGGCAGCAUCUUCACCAAAGCAUGCUUCCUUUUAGUGAUUUUGGUACAGGAUGAAAAACGGGCAUUGGAGGUGAAAAAGCUCCCCAGGGCCUCAGACCGCAUUUGCAGGAUCUAUAAGUUAAUGCUUCAGAAAUGCAAAAUGGAUGCCCAGAGAACCAAAGUCAAACAAAGAAUGAACGUCUCACUGAAUGGAAGCUUCCUUCCCCAAGCCACUCCUCAGAAGUCUAAGCCAAUACUGAGAUUUGUACCAGACUGGGUCCUUGGAAGAAAGAAGAUGAAUAUUGUAGAUCCUCUUAGUGCCAUCCAAGUGUUGGUUAAAUCUCUUGCCAUUGUAUCCUGAGAACACAGCAAGACUUUUUGUAUAUAGUUGAAUAUAUUUGCUUUUAUUUUUUAUAAACCUAAGCUUGUACAUAUUAUAUACUGUUUUAUAUUGCUGUUACCUGGUGUAAAAAUUUUAUCAUAAUCUUUGAUUAUGCUAUACUUUCUCUCUCUCUCUUUUUUUUUUUUUUUUUUUUUUUUAAGUUUAUAUGCUGUAUUUUUGCAAUUUCAUGGCCAGCACAAGGCUGGAUCUCUUAUAUGUAAAAAGAGGUUGAGAGAUGUUUUCAGUUAAUGAAUCUUUGCUCUACAAAUAUUGUAAGUCAUGACAAAAUCUAAUGACAGGAGAUCAGAAAAUAAAAAAAAUAUUUGGAAAGUUUGAAAACUGGAUGAUUUAUUGGCAUGAUCAUCGGGAGCAGAAAUUAUGAACUCUUGUAACAUUCAUGAGGUGUUUUGUAUAUUAAAUAUUUUAAAAUUACUCCCUUUAA